UUGGCCCCUGCAUAUGUACCCCCUCCCUCAGGUGAUUUCAAUUGACCGGCCUUAUCGCAUUCCUCUAGGCUGCACUCAAGUGAGAUGGCGAGCCUAGACUCCGCCUUUGCGACAAGCUUCGCAAAAGAGACAUGGGCCCUAUACAGCGUGGGAGUAUUGGGGGCCAUACUACGAUUCGUAGCACGAAUACGUCGAUUAGGUUACCAGAACCUUCAAGCAGAUGAUUACUUGAUGCUAUUCGCAGUCGUCUGGUAUACCCUAUUAUGUGUCGCCCUCAAUCAAGUCGCCUCUGGAGGCGGAUCAAACCUGAUGGACGAGAAUGAUAUAAAGCACUUAACGCCUGCCAUCAAGGCGGAUCGUGUCAGGGGAAGCAAAUGGGUCUUUGUAUCGGAGCAUUCCUUCCUCCUUGCUAUCUAUGCCAUGAAGGCAUGCAUGUUGGUUAUAUAUGCCCGCAUCACCGAAGGAUUACGCCAACGAAAAUGGGUGACUUAUCUCGCUGUCUAUGUCGCCAUUGGCUUCGUUGGCAAUGAAUUGUCUUUGUUCCUAAUUUGCCGGCCUUUAUCGAAUUACUGGGCCGUGCCUACACCCUACGACCAAUGCUCGACAUAUCAGUACUAUGAAAUUGUUCAAGGAUGUCUAUCAAUAUCUGCGGACGUCUUCAUGCUUAUCAUUGGCCUCCCACUUAUGGUUCAAGUUCGAGUGCCUCUUAAGCAGAAGUUGAUUCUCUUGAUUCUAUUCGGCAUGGGAAUCUUCGUCAUUGUCGCAGCCCUCCUGAACAAACUCUAUUGUCUCGUUCCUUCUCUCAUCUCUUAUGUUUACAUGAACUGGUAUUUCCGGGAAGCAACAGUAGCUAUCCUGGUCACCAACCUACCCCUUGUUUGGUCUCUCCUUCGCGAUGUGUUCCCCGCGCUCAAGAGUUGGACCGGAGGGUCACGACGAGGAACCACCGAACGGUAUCGGACUGGUCCCUGGACAAGUAAGGGAUCUGCAUUUCGUCACUACGGUCCCCACAGUCAAUUGCAAUCUGGCGAAUACAGCAUGCACAACUACAACCAAAGCACCGUUGUUGCGCCCCAGAAAACUAUUUCGGAAGUCAGCCUGGAGCCGAGCGAAGAUCGCGAGCCCAGCGAGGACGGCUCCGAACGGGCCCUCAGAAUCCGACAGGAUGUGACGGUGACGGUGGAGCGUGAGACACGACCACCUGAGUAUUGGGAGUCCAAGAAGGCCCAAACUUCAGAAGGCCGACUCCCAGAACCAUGAAGGACACGAUUGUUUCAUGAUACUUACUUCCUUUCUCCGUGAAUUCAUUUUCUCAACGCUUGUAUAGAAACCUUUUUUUUCCUUUUUCUCUAUUUGGACAACACUCUCUUGAUCAACUUUCUUUCCUUUCACGGCACCUCAGGUCCCGCUAGCGGACUGAUCUGAUAACGGUGUCCGCUUGACUAUUGUACAUAACUUGCUCGGCACCCCAUCGCUUAACGUCCAUAUUUCCACUGAUCAUCGGCAUGUGGGGGACCAAGAUGCCGAGAAGGCAUCCACUACGACUAUGGUUCGGAAGAUAGAGGGAGGGAUGUUUGGCGCUUAGCGACGAGGAUAGACAAAAACUUAUUGUGAUAUAGUAAUAG